UUCAGGCAGCAGCUCAGCUGAGCAGUUUGAAUCUUCAGAGACUUUGACACCUGAGAAAUUUACAACAGAAAAAUACCGACAUGGGGGCUGUCCAGAGCUUUAGGGACAUGUGCGACAGCACAAAGAAUACUAAUGUUCGUUUCAGUCUGCCAGCAGUGUGUGUGGUGUGGCAGACAGCCAUGAUCAUCCUGUUUGGGAUUUUUGUUCGUUAUGAUGAAGAAUCGGACCCACACUGGAUUGAGCACAAAAAACAUAAUAAUAUAUCAAGUGACAUAGAGAAUGACUUCUACUUCAGAUACCCAAGUUUCCAAGACGUACAUGUGAUGAUCUUCGUUGGGUUUGGUUUCCUGAUGACGUUUCUGAAGCGUUACAGCUUCGGAGGAGUGGGUUUCAACUUCCUAAUUGCCGCCUUCGGCCUGCAGUGGGCGCUGCUGAUGCAGGGCUGGUUUCGCUCCCUGGGCACUGACGGGAAUAUCACAAUUGGAAUUGAAAACCUCAUCAAUGCAGAUUUCUGUGUCGCUGGCUGCCUGAUUGCAUAUGGAGCAUUGCUAGGAAAGGUCAGCCCAGUCCAGUUGAUGGUUUUGACUUUGUUCGGAAUAACACUUUUUGCUGUGGAGGAAUUUAUUAUCUUGACUGUCAUCCAUGCAAGGGAUGCUGGGGGCUCAAUGGUGAUCCACACUUUUGGAGGUUACUAUGGACUCGCCAUAUCAUGGAUGCUCUAUCGGCCCAAUCUAGACCAGAGCUCACGCUUGCAAGGCUCUGUCUACCAUUCAGAUGUCUUUGCUAUGAUCGGAACCCUCUUCUUGUGGAUGUUCUGGCCCAGCUUCAACUCAGCGAUCACAGAUCAUGGUGAUGGUCAGCACAGAGCAGUCAUCAACACCUACCUGGCUUUGGCCUCAACUGUGCUCACUGCCAUGGCUGUUUCAAGCAUCUUCCAGAAACAUGGAAAACUAGAUAUGGUUCACAUACAGAAUGCAACACUUGCCGGAGGCGUUGCAGUAGGAACAGCAGCUGAGUUCAUGCUGAUGCCCUAUGGAGCUCUCAUUGUUGGCUUCUGCUGUGGUGUUCUCUCCACGCUUGGGUACAUCUACAUCACUCCUUUCAUGGAGAAGCACAUGAAAAUUCAAGACACAUGUGGAAUCCACAAUCUCCACGCCAUGCCAGGAGUUAUAGGCGGGAUAGUUGGAGCCAUCACUGCUGCAGCUGCAUCAGAGUCAGUAUAUGGCCAUGAGGGGUUGGUCAAAACUUUUGACUUCGAUGGGGCUUUCAAGGACAUGGUACCCUCAAAGCAGGGAGGUCACCAGGCGGGAGGCCUCUGUGUGGCGCUCUGCUUCGGUAUAGGAGGAGGCAUUUUAGUCGGCGCCAUCUUGAGACUACCCAUCUGGGGAGAUCCUGCAGAUGACAACUGCUUUGAUGACGAUGUCUACUGGGAGGUACCAGAGGAUGAGGAGAGCAUCCCACAAAUCCUGCAGUACAACAACCACAUGCGGAACAAAGACAUUGGUGAAGAACAGCAGAUUAACCAUGAUCCUAUCUGCUCACCACUAGCCCCUUCAUACGCUCCGUUACACUGGCUUUUAAAAGAAGGUGCUGAUGCCAUUCAGGCCUGUGAUAUGAAUCCCAGACAUGGGGACAUGGACACAGCAUUCACCUCAGUUUCACAGAAAGGAGCCCCCUUUCUGACACCCUCUAAUUCUGGUUGCUACGGGGCUUUCGGGUUCAAUGGUGGACUCCCGUUGUGAGGGGGACAAAGCCCCUCAGUCAUCCGGCAAUGGUUGCCAGGGGAGGCAGAAUGUAUGGGGAGGGACAGGCUGCCGUUAUCCCGGGCGAAAUGUCUCUCUUAAGGCGGCAGAGAUUUGGUGAUUGACAGGUGGCUACACGCUCCACUGCAGAUCGCCCUGUGGGGCCGGUGGUCUUUGAGGCCUCGUAUCUGUGACCAUGAAUGUGAGUCUUCCUGGUCACAGUGUGUUGCAGGCUGAGUGGGGUUGCAGGAUGGUCAUAUGUGCCACAGUUAAAAAGCUGGUCCUAUGUAAAAAAAAAAAUAUAAAUAAAUAAGUAAUAACCCCCCACAUCUGGUGUAACUAACACAGCAUUCCAGAAGAAGAAACACAGUCAAAAAUGGUGGUAGUGUGAUGGUCUGGGGCUGCUUUGCUGCUUAGCUCCAGGCAACUAGCCAUAGUUAAAGGAACCAAGAAUUUUGCUCUCUAGAAAAUCCUUAACGAGAAGGUCAGGCCAUCAGUUCCUGUCAUUAGGCUCAAAUUUAGUUGGGUUAGGCAGCACUCCAGCAAGUCUUCCUUUAAAUAGCUCAAAAAACUAAAGGAUAAAUUGGCUAAAAACUAAAGGCCAAAUAAGGCUAAAUUAAAGCGAUUCUGCAAAGAGGAGUGGGCCAAAACCUCUUGCAGUAAUGUAAAAGAAUUCUUACAAGUCACCUAAAAUUGUGGAUGGCAUUUGUUGGCAGAUGAAGAGUGUGAAGCAUUAACAGAAUAUAAAAUAUUUAAAAAAAAUGUAUAAAAUAAAAAAGUAUUUUAAAUUAAACUAUUUGAUCUUGUGAACUUUAAAGACUCUAAGUAAAAAACGUAGAGCUUAAGUAAAUCUUUUAUAUAAAACAGUCAGAUCAGAUUGCAAAGAGAUUAAAUCUUUAUUCUCAUGUGUCUCUGCGUUGUAACGAUAAGUGUUUUUUGGGUUGUCCUUCACACACCCCUUUAGUGUGCGAACCAUCACCUCGACAGUCUCUAAACAGCCGCCUGUUUCUAUCACCCCUCCAGGCCCAAAGAGGCGAGUGGGAACAGACAGAGCUUCAAAGAUCAGACUGUAUCCCCUUCGACAGACGUCUGGGACUGUCUGAGUUCUGCUCUCUCAGACAGAGAGCCCUUUCCACCCCAUCAGAUCAUGUCCACGCCCAUCCCUAUACCCUCUUCUACCCCCAAAACCCCCACAACCACUUCCCCUUGACCUUGACUCUCCGUCACUGCAGCCCUCCAGACAGUCUGGGGUCAAAGGCUAACACAGCAGUCACACAUCAGACACGGUUCAGGUCCCUUAAGUCCACAUGUCUCACCCUAAAAUCAGCCUGUAGGAAUGUGGCUUUAAAUUCCACCAGAAAUGAUGAAAAAACACAAACAAUAAAACAGAACUUUGGAGUUUCAUAAAUUUGCAUAUGCAUUUAAAAUACAUCUAGUACACUUAUGUUAUCAAUAUUCAUUUCUGUAUCUCUUGAAAAUAAAACAACUUUAUUGCAGUCACGCAACAAAACUGAUCUUCUUUUACUCAUUAAAGAAACGAUAUCAACAAAAUAUAUUUUCUGGCUGAGGAAAAAAAAAAAGAUCCCCUACCCCCUAGUAGCUGGUCCCUAAAAUAACGUAGGUCAGAAGUUUCUUGUUGCCAUUUGCCAGUCUCUGAGUUCAGCCCGAGGAAGUUUGCUCCACUUCACUUUCAGCUGUGAGAUGUUUAAGGGAUUAUCAUGUACUGUCCGUUUCAAGUCAAAUCUCAUUACUUCAUUCUCAGUCAUCCUUAGGUGGAUUUACUAGUGUGUAUUGGAUCAUUGUCAUGCUGCAGGUUCCAGUUUUGCUACAUCUUAAAUAUUUACAGAUGUUCUCACAUUUUCCUCAAGAUCUCUUUGACACGGGUAAAGUUAAUGGUGGAUUCUAUGAUGGUGAGCUGGCCAGGGCCUAAUGCAGCAAAGCAUCACCAAAUGACACUUCCACCGCAAUGCUAAGCAGCUGGAAUGGGGUUCUUUUCCUGGAAUGCACAAACCUGGUGUUGUCUGUUCUGGUGUGCAAAUAAUUUGAUCUGUCCAAAGAACAUUAUUCCACAAGUUCUGGUCUUCAUCUACAUUCUCUAUGGCAAACCUCACUCAGGCCUUCAUGCUGCUCUUUGAGAGCAAAAGUUUCCUUCUUGCACACUGUCCAUGAGAGUUAAACAUAUGCAGUCUGUUGCUGAUCAUACUGACGUCUACUUUCAUAUCAACAGUGAGUGCCUGCAUGAGGUCCCAUUAUGACAUUUUCAGGUUUUUGGACUUUUUUGCUCCUGCUUUUGGGCUGAACUUGUUUGGAUGGCCAGAUCUGGGUUUGUUGGCAGCUUUUUUAGGUUUCCAAUUUUUUAAGUUUCCAAUAAUAAACCACUUUCUGUAAAGUGA